ACGUGGCAGUCCACUUUCCACGUCUGUCAAUAUAGUGGGUAGGCACGUGGCCUUGGGAAUAGUCAAAAACCCAAUCGCCACCAGCCGCGCAAAUCGCCCAAAUAAAACCCAAUUGCCACUAUUCAGAUCUAAACCGCCUAUUCAAAAAUUUUCGUCGUCUUCUUCGCGAAAAACUCUCAAGAACCCUAGGUCUCUCUCUUUCAAAUUCUCACUCAAAUUUCUGAGAAAAUGAAGGUUGUCGGCGCUAAUAUUCACUUCCAGAAGUUAGAAGCCAAGUGCUCUUCACCAACAUUCUUUCAAAGCUAUCUGGAGAUGAUAACCGCUCAAGAACUCUCCGAAUUUCUUCAAAUGGAGAUUCGCCUCAAAUUUGAAGAAGAAGUUCUUGAAUUCUACAGAAAUGGAGAGGUCAAGACUGUUCAUUCAAAGAAGGACCCACAGAGGACGUUUCCAGUCAUCAAGUCCACUGUUGGAGGUACAAAAGUGAAGCUUUCGCAGAAGAAAUUGGGAGAAAAGCUUCGCCUUCCCAAUUCUGGAGUUGAAAUUGGGAAAUUUCCAGUCAAAAAUCUGGACUGGAACAUCAUUGGAAUCUCUAGGCAAAUUCCUUCUGCCCCAGCGAAGAAAGCAGAUCUGAACAACGACUACAAGUUAGUUUUGGAACUGGUCAUCGCUUGCCUCGAGUGUGGAAGCGGAGGUCAUGCCGAUGACAUCACACAGGAGAGAGCCUUCAUCAUCAACGCUCUAAUUACCCAAUCUAAGUCUACGGGUGCUGCUUCUAAAGGAAAGAAGUAUGAAGAAAGAUAUUGGUUAUACUAUCUGUCUUCAAAAGGGGAAAACAGAACUGGUGCUAGUGUCACUGCAGAGGAAAGCUCAUCAGAUAAUGUCCCACUCAUCCAUAUGGCGAAGACUGCCAAAAGGAAGCAAGUGUUGUCUCCCUCCAUUAGUGUUGAAGCACCACAGAACCUCGCUCUGGUCAAUGUGGAAGAAGCAGAAGAAGUCUCUGUCCAAGGAGAACUUCAAAGGAAGAAGAAGAGGAAACUCUCCUCUCCCUCAACAUCUGGAUAUGUCAACUCGGAUAAGUUGAAGGAGAAGGAACCUGCUGAGGAAACCUCUGCCCACAACCGGAGUCCUCAACAACUUGAAGAAGAAAUCCCUCAAGUACAAAGCCUUCCAACCUCCUCACCUCAACCUCAAAUGGAUGAUGCUGAUAACCAAUUCUGGCAGCUCUACUAUGAUUGGAGAGCAUGGAAAGUUGGAAAUUCAGCAGAGCAACUGAUGGAUUGGGACCAACAGCUGAAGAAUGAGAAGAUCAUCAAGAAAUGCUUAGGAAUACCAGUCAACCAUAGCUGUGAAGAAAUCUUGGAUGACUACUGGGUAUGGCAAAGGAACCAUGAAGACCUGCAUCUGGAAUACCUAGCCAACUCACCAAUUUCAGAAUUUGAAGUAGAUGAUGAAGAUCCUUUAGUCUACAAACCAGUCUUCUCUAAAGCCACAGAAGAACAGGUGGUUCUCACUUCUGAAGCACAAGCUAUUUUGGAAGCAACAGCUGAGGACUUCCAAACAUUUCCAGAAACCUCACCUGCUCUUCAGGAAAUCUCACAUGCUUCUGAAAUGGUUCUGACUGAAGCUGUCCAAGAGAAGGCAGCCUCUCCCCCACAAGAACAAAACCAGAAAACAACAGAAGAAGAAGAAUCUCAGCAACCAAUCCAAUCUCAAGCUUUAGAGAUUCUCACAACUUCUUGUGAGAUCUCCAAUCACACUGGAACUGAGAUCCCGGAGAAGUCAGCAGAAAUUCUGGAACAGUCAACUUUUCCAGAUACAAAUGAAGAGGAGCAAGCUGUAGAAGUCCAAAGGAAUUCUGGAGAAGCUGAGAAGGAAACUCAAAUGGCAGAACUGGAGUUCUCUAAAACUCCAAUAGCCAUUCUUGAAGAACAAAAUGAAGCUGAAGAUAGUGAUUCCCUCUCUAGAUAUAUAUCGAAUUUUGUGCUUGAUGAAGCAGAAGGAGAAUCUGAGAGAACAUUAAAGAUCACUGAUGAAGAAGAUGUACAAGAAGAUGCCGAAUCUCUUCCUAUGCAACUGUUUCAAAGAACACCCUCUUCUCAUCAGGUAACCAACUUUCAUUUCCAUAGCUCUUCCACCCCUACACUUCCGGAUGAAAUACCGAAACUCUGGACGAAGAAGGUCCAAGGGUUGAUUGAAUCAGCCCUAGCAUCUCAACAUGCCUCCUUUAGGCAAGAGAUAGAGCAAAUGGAAGCCAGGUACACCAAGCUGAUAGAGAAAUCUAAAGAGAAACACAACGCAGAUCUCAAAGAUAUAAGCAAGUCAGUGCACAAGACUCUAGAGAUCAUCUCUCUAUUGAGCAAAACUGUGAGCAACACGAUGGAGAUAUAUGCAUCUGACACUCAUCUUCAACUCAAGGAGAUUAACAAAGUCAAAGAGCAAAUAGCUAAUAUCACCGUCAGCCUACAAAAGCAAAUGUCUCUUCUCCAAAUGGACAUCAAAUCAGCUCUAGCAGUAUCUUCAGCAAAUCAAGUAGUGACCAAAGACUACUUGAAGGUGAUCAUUGACAAUCAGAAGGAAGCACAUAAACUGUUCAGACUUCUUGGCGCAAAGUCUGGAAAUCGCAAGAUGGAAGUAAUUCUUCAACAACACAGUCCAUCCUUGAUACCAAAACUCCCCAUUGCAGUCAAAGAAGGAGAAGUCUCUUAUAUCCCUUCUCAUCUGAACAUGACUAAUCUAAUCCUUGAAGCACAGCAAAGAAAUCCGGAGAACUCAGCGCAGCACCUAUCCAGCUCAGGAUUGGAUGGAACAGAGGCUAUAGGAACUGUUGCUGCUCACUUCUCAGAUGAUAACCAAACAGAGGAGAGACGCAACAAUAUAAGGCGCAUCAAAGAACUUUGUGGCAACAUGCAAGGUAUCAGUGAGGCUGCCAGAUCUUCAAAACGCAAAAGGAACUGAAGGUUCUUUUCAUCAAACCAGGGGGAAAGGGGAAUGUAGUUCAGGGGGAAAUUAACUAGUUUUGGCUAAUAAUUGUUUUUGGCUAUG